CGUUCAAGGUGAAUACAACAUGUUUUUAAAAUUAUUAUUAACAUGCCUAGAGAAUAAAAUGAUCGCGGUAGUGUUGUUAGUUACAGUGAUUGUUGUUGGUUUAAAGAUUUAUUUAUGGAAUUAUAUUAGAAUCUGUUAUUAUGCAUCCAAACUUCCUGGACCACCAGCUUAUCCAAUUAUUGGAAAUGGAGCAUUAUUAUUUGGAUCUCAUGAAGAAGCGUCACAUAACUUAUUAGAUAUUUGUCUUCAGUACCAAAAAUCGCUGAUACGAUUUUGGUUAGGCCCAAUACCAGUAGCUGUGAUAUUAGAUCCAGAAGAUAUUCAAGAAGUCUUAACAAAUUCAAAUGCUCUAGAAAAAUCAUUCUUAUAUCAUCUUAUAUGGGACACUACAAUGGGAAAAUCGAUUUUCACAUCGGAGGUUCUAGAAUGGAAACAUCAUCGAGGAAUUAUAGUGAAAGGUUUUAGUCCAAUCAUUUUAAAAUCAUAUUUUAAAAUAUUUGUGGAAAAGAUUAAUAUUUAUUUAUCAAGAACUACUUUGGAUUCAGUUUGUGGUAAAGUUACCACAAAAUUACCAUUAAGCAUUGAAAACUACCCUCCCCUAUUUUAUCGAUUUACAGAAGAUUAUAAAAUAGCAUCCAAAUGCAGUAAAAUUAUUCGUGAAUUCACUGAAAAUAUAAUUUCUGAGAAGAGAAGCAAAUACGAAACAAUCGAUAAUAAUAAUUUAAUUGAUGUUAAAGCAAACAAGAAAAAUGAAUACAAAAAACCAUUAUUAGAAUAUUUAAUGGACUUUACUAAAAAUGACGAAGAAUUCACUGAUGCACAAAUCCGUGACGAAGUUAAUAUUUUUGCGGCUUACGAAACAUCAGCAAAUGCUCUAAGCUAUGUUUUAUUAAAUUUGGCUGCACACAAGGGUAUACAAACCAAAGUUUACAACGAAAUAUUGGAAGUUCUUGGGGAAAAUCAUGGAAGUUCGAUCAAUUUUGAUGAUUUACCAAAACUGAAAUACAUGGAAAUGGUUAUUAAAGAAUCAAUGCGAAGAUAUUCUACAGUCCCAUUUAUUGGAAGAAAAGCGUACCAGGAUAUUAAAAUUGGUAAUUACACAAUUCCAAAAGGAAUCACUAUAGGAAUAAUAAUAAUGGCUGCACAUUUAAAUGAAAAUCAUUGGGAAAAUCCACUAAAAUUUGAUCCAGAACGUUUUACACCAGAAAAUAUAAAAAAUCGCCAUCCUUACUCUUUCAUACCAUUUAGUGCAGGUUCAAGAAAUUGUAUUGGUAUUCGAUACGCAUGGAUCGUUAUGAAAAUAACUUUAGCCACAUUAUUGAGUCGAUACGAAUUUCACACCGAUUUAAAUUUGGAUGAAUUGCGUUUCCAAUUUAAUCUGACUUUGUCAUUGGUAAAUGGACAUCAGGUGCGAAUCACUCCACGACAAAAACUUUAAGAAGUCAUGAUAUAAACUUGUUAUUAUAAUUUUAAUAAGUUCCAAAUAAAGGUUCAGAAAGAAGCAUUCAAACGUGAA